AUGUUUCUAGCGGCUGUUCUUAACGUCUACGUCCACGUUGCAGGCUGGUACUACUAUUGGACGGGGACAAUGAGCGGCGGCGUACAGUUUUUGCCCUUCGGUCUUGUUCUCAAGAUUACCAGCGAGCCUAGCAUCGCGCAUGAGGGCCACAUCAUCAACUUCGUCCGGAAACACACAUCUAUCCCCGUUCCUCGUGUCAUAGCCGCAACAGCAUGGUAUGACAGGAGAUUCGUGCUCAUGAAGAGGGUAUACGGCGAUAAUCUGCAGGCAGUAUGGCGUCAUCUCGAUACCGAGCAGCGCGCAAACAUCGUCGAGCAGCUACGCUCAUACGUCCUCCAGCUUCGAGCUCUUAAAUCUCCCCACGGACCAGCCGUAUGCGGUCUGAAUGGUGCUGCUACAAUAGACAGCCGCGUAUCCUCGUACCCGAUCGGACCCUUUGCCGACGAAAGCGCAUUCAACGACUGUCUCAUCGACGCCGCAAGGCCAUAUCUAUGCGAGGAGACUCUUGCCGACGUCCGCUCUCGGAUGCGCAACGACCACCGGAUUGUGUUCACCCACGCCGACCUUGCACCGCGCAAUAUCCUCGUACGUGGUGGAAAGAUUCUGGCUGUGGUAGAUUGGGAGGAAUCUGGGUGGUACCCGGAGCAUUGGGAGUUCGUCAGGGCCAUGUACUUCCCAAUGCCGAGUCCACGAGACGAAGCAUGGAUGCGGGCCAUUCGGGAUUUUAUCCCAGGAGACUAUGAGAAAGACUGGCUUGUGGAUUGCGAGUUGUCCAAUCGCAUGGUAGGCGCGUUUUAA